AUGCAACAUAUAAGUAGGCAGGGUGUCCACGACAAUGUUAUGGGAGUAUAUGACGUUUUGCAAGAUGAGGAAUAUUUGUUAAUGUUCAUGCCCUACUGUUCCUCGGGCGAUCUUUUUUCUUUUGUACAACAAGCUGGAAGGUUUCCGGAACCAAUGGCACGAUACUGGUUUAAGCAAAUUUUAGAGGGUGUCUCACAUUUGCAGAGGAUGGGCGUUUGCCAUCGGGAUUUGUCGCUAGAAAACAUUUUGGUCGACAAGUAUCGAACAUCCAUCAUCAUCGAUCUGGGAAUGUGUUUACGGGUUCCAUACGACGGUGGUAAUCACGUUACCGAUGUUUCGUCUGGUACAAUCCGGCGUCUGAUUAAACCGCUUGUCCCCUGCGGUAAACCAAACUACAUUUCUCCGGAGGUCUUGAAAUCGCAUGAGGCGUUCGAUGGAUUUGCUGUUGAUUUGUGGGCGUCGGCUGUGAUUUUGUUCAUUAUGGUUGUCGGUUUGCCGCCCUGGGAAUAUGCCAACAACGAUGAUCCAAGAUACCGGAUGGUCAUUGGAGGCGGUCUGGAACGUAUGCUACGAAGUUGGGACCGAGAAAUUAGCCCUCUGGUCGCAGAUCUAUUGCAAAAAAUGCUGAGAGAAGAUCCUAGACACAGAUUGUCUCUGAUGGAAAUCAAGGACCAUCCUUGGAUUACAGUGGAUGAAUCUGUUGAUGGGAUGCCAUACGCACCUGAAGAGGAAUGGAGAAGGUAAAUGAUUCACUCAUCAAACGAAUAGCUUGCAAUAGCGGGAAGGGAGUAAUGUUAUUAGAUCACGAAAAUUAGUGCCUCGGUGAAGCACGCACCUCACUACAAGCCUAUCCAAACAAGCUCCAGUCUCGAAUCUGCAAACUCGAAAUGAUCUCGGGAAAGAUCGCGCUGGAUUGAGACAAGUCGGCUUCGUUGGGAUUUGGAGAAAUUGGCUCAGAGAGCGUCACCAAUAUAUCCGAGCCAACCGAUGGAAGACGUAUCGCGCCGACGUCAAUACGAAUACACCUAAUUUCUUGUUCCCGACUAUCGCCUCUCGGGUCAUGGUCUCUCCCUAAGGCUACCUUUUGAUAUCCCAUUCCAAAACAUAUUCUUGCAGUAUCCGGUAAAUUCGCAAGCUGGAAUGGUUGCCUUUGCGGCUGAAAGUGGGUAUUUUCUGGACUAGAACCGUUCGCUUCCGCCAAAUCACGAAAAAAAUGCCCUGGCGCCUGAUCAUCUGCAAUGUGGCUUUGGUAUUCAAGAAUUUCAACGACUAGCAUGCACCCAUCGUUGACAUCGUGCCAACAUUCUUGAUGAUCCGGAACUUGACGAACCUCGGAGACAUCCA